AUGGCUACCUUUGACCCAUCGGACUUCGAUCCCCGGGCUCAACUAAUCCCUAAUCUAGUUGAUCACUAUGCGGCCUCUAAGCCUGAUGCUCUUUAUGCUGAAUACCCCACCAAUCCUAUGAGUUACGAUGAUGGAUAUAGAAAGAUCUCUUACAAGAUCUUUGCCAAUGCCAUCAAUGGUCUCGCAUAUUGGUUAACAGAGACAUUGGGUCCGGGUAAUGGCGAAGUGCUUUGCUACGUGGGUCCAAACGACCUCCGGUAUCCCGCUUUGGUUCUGGGUGCCGUGAAGGCUGAGUAUCCGCACUUUGAAUUCAACAAGACAUACCCUGAAGCUGGAUCAGAACCUCUUGUCUUCCUACAUACAUCCGGGUCGACAGGUAUUCCUAAGCCCAUUAAAUGGACUCACGAGUCUGCCGCGACGCACAUGCGUAUGAACCGAAUGGAAAUUCCCGAGGGAUGUGAGGGACAAGACCGAAAGUCCUUUGGGAAGAGAAUGUAUAUGACAAUGCCUCCGUUCCAUGCUGCUGGAAUUGGCUUUAUUGUUUUCAUCACAAUGCCGGUAAUGACUACUCUUAUUAUGCCCACAUCGGCUGGUCUGCCUACUGCCGCUGGCCUUGUAGCGGCGCGGAAGCAAACUCCGUUCGACAAUGCCCUAGUCGUGCCAUCUAUUGUACUGGAGUUGGCACAAGACCCCGAGCUUCUAGACUACUGUUCCACUCAUCUAGAUCACAUUGUUUACUGUGGCGGUGAUCUACCACAGGCUAUUGGAAAUACAGUCGCAGCCAAGAUCCCUCUAAUGAAUGGAUAUGGCGCGUCAGAGCUGGGAAUUCUGAAUGUGAUCCACGCACCUGACCGUGAUCCACUGCAAGACUGGCGGUAUCUCCAGUUCAACCCAGAGCUGGGAGUGGAGCAUCGCCAUGUUUCCGGGGAAGAGUAUGAAGCGGUUGUGGUCCGUACCCCGUCCCGUCAAGCCUACCAGUUCCCAUUCACCAUCUUCCCGGAUCAGCAAGAAUAUCAUACCAAUGAUCUUAUGGUCCGCCACCCUACCAAGCCUAAUCUCUGGCGUCCUUCUGCUCGUGUGGAUGAUGUUAUUGUCUUCCUCAAUGGAGAGAAAACAAAUCCUGUCACAUUUGAGCACCAAAUUGUGUCCGCAAACCCAGAGGUCACUGGAUGUCUCGUGGUUGGCGCUCAACGAUUCCAAGCUUCACUUAUGAUCGAACUUGCCGGUGGUAAGGCCCUGAGCGUGAAUGACCGCGCAGAAAUGAUCGAGAAACUCUGGCCCAGCAUCGAGGAAGCCAAUUUCCCCACUCCUGCCCAUGCUCGCAUCGCCAAGAGCCAUAUUAUCUUCACCUCGCCUGAGAAGCCGAUACCUCGUACAGGCAAGGGAACCGUCCAGCGCGCUGGAACACUCAUGCUUUAUGCACAGGAAAUUGAAAAUCUUUAUGCUGAUGCAGAUAAGUUAGCUGAGCUCGAUGCGAAUCACCAAGAUGGGCCUGGUGGGGUCGAUGAUACCGCCCAGGUGGCCGAGUAUAUCAAGACAUCAAUCUUAGCCAUCACAGGCUGGAACCUAGAGAGUUUUACUAGUGAGGAGAACUGGUUCAACCUUGGCCUGGAUUCUCUUCAGGCCAUUACAGCUACCCGUGUGCUUAAGCGAGGCCUCAACCUCCAAAGUCUCACCCCGAACGUGAUUUAUCUGAAUCCAACCGUGGUCGGACUUACCCACGCGCUCCAGAAUCUUCACCAGACUAGUGAAGAAUCUACUGAGGCUAAGAAUCAAGCGUUGAUUCUAGAGCGGGAUCAGUUGCUGAAGGACCUGAUCGGACAGAUCAAGAUUACCGAGACACAGAAGCCUGAAGAACCCCCAGCCACCCACUCGGUCAUCCUGACAGGAUCCACAGGCCAACUGGGUACACACCUGCUCAACACUCUGACGAAUAGUUCCCAGGUUGAGCACGUUUACUGUCUCGACCGAGAUGACCGUGCCCGCGAUCGCCAGCUGGAACGCGCAGCAGCCUAUGGGCUUGCCCCGGCCGACGAGGCUCGCGUCAGCUUCUGGAAAGCUGAUCUCAGCCAAGCUGACUUUGGGUUACAGCAAGAGCAGCUUCAGAAGUUACAAGAGCAAGCAACACUUGUCUUUCACAAUGCUUGGCCCGUUAACUUCAACCUCUCCCUGGCUUCAUUCAAGCCAAAUUUGACAGGUGUGGUUAAUCUCAUCAACUUUAGCAGUCAGGCUGUUCGCUCUCCACGCCUGCUCUUUGUUUCCUCAAUCAGCUCGACUCUGGGUCACCAGACAGAGACCGGGCUUAUCCCUGAAACUAUUAUCACGACUACGACUCCGGCUCCGAACGGCUACGCUAAUAGCAAGUACAUCUCCGAGCAUCUCCUUGGAUAUGCAGCACAACAAGGCCUUCCCCACCCUGCAUUUGCGCGUGUUGGUCAAGUCGCCGGUCCUAUCCGUUAUCCUGGAUUGUGGAACAAAUCAGAGUGGUUCCCGAGCGUGGUUUUGAGCUCAUUGCACCUUGAAGCUCUUCCAGAUUCCCUUAGUCUGGACCGUAUCGACUGGGUGCCUAUUGAUCUACUUGCUGAGAUCCUAGUUGAUGUGGCUCUUCUCAAUAAUUCCAGCUUAAGUGUCUAUCACCCUGUCAACCUGAACCCCAAGUCCUGGAAGGAAAUUCAACCCUUUGUUGUGGAUGCUCUUCACAAGAUUGCUGGAAAAACUGUGGAGACUAUUCCUCUGCGCGAUUGGGUAAUACGUGUCCGAAAGGACGUGGAGGCUGCCAGCCAGGGUGACAAGGUUUUGAAGGAGGCGGAACUACAGGCUCAUCUUGCCAAGAAUCCAGCUGCUAAGCUACUUGAGUUUUUCGAGGGUUUGGUGGCCCACACGACCCCUGAAAGUGCGUUGGAUACACAGAAUACUGCUCAGGCUAGUGAUAAAUUACGUGAAGUCGAUGCGGUAAAGUCAGAGUGGAUUGAGAAAUGGGUUGGGGAGUGGCUGCAAUAG